AUGGCGGACAAAACUAUUGCCGUGAUUCUGGUUGGAGGACCCACAACUGGGACCCGCUUCCGGCCGCUCACUCUGAACGUGCCUAAGCCGCUCUUCCCCCUGGCCGGCAAGCCCAUGGUUCACCAUCCCAUCCACGCCUGCCAACAGAUCCCGAACCUGGUGAACGUGUUUGUGAUCGGGUUCUUCGAGGAGAAGGAGUUCACGCCCUUCAUCUCCUCUCUCUCCUCCGAGCUGCGCGUGCCCAUCAGGUACCUGCGCGAGGACAAGUCGCAUGGGUCCGCGGGAGGGCUGUACCACUUCCGCAACACCAUCCUUCAGGACGAACCGGAUCACAUCUUCGUGAUCAACUGCGAUGUCUGCUCCACCUUCCCGCUCGCUCCCAUGCUCGAUUCGCACAAGAAGCACGGUGGUGUGGGCACUCUGCUGUGCCGUAAGGUGGCGCCAGACACGGCGAGUGACUUUGGCGAGCUGGUGGCGGACUCGGAGACAAAGGAGAUUCUGCAUUAUGCUGAGAAGCCCGAGACGUUUGUGAGUGAUCGCAUCAACUGUGGUGUGUAUGUGUUCCGCCCGGCCAUCAUGGACAUGAUCAAAGCUGCCAUCGCUGAGGGCGACGGAGAGAACUACGUGCGGCUGGACCAGCAUGUGUUUUCGAAGCAGGCAGGCAAGAAGCAGCUGUAUGCGUUUGAGACUGAUGACUUCUGGGAGCAGAUCAAGACGCCGGGACUCGCCCUGCGGUGCUCGCAGCUGUACCUGACAUACUACCGGCAGACGAGCCCCCAGCUGCUCGCCCCCUCCACGCCUGGCGGCCCCACCCUCAUCGGCGACUGCUUCAUCCACCCCUCCGCUAAAGUGCACCCCUCUGCUAAGGUGGGGCCGAACGUGUCGAUUGCAGCGAACGUGCGCAUCGGGGCAGGCGUGCGCUUGAAAGACUGCAUCAUCCUGGACGAGGUCGAGGUCAAGGAGAACGCCAUAGUGGUGUCCUCAGUGGUGGGGUGGAAGUCUGUGGUGGGGCAGUGGGCACGCGUGCAGGGAAGCGGGGACCUCAAGUCGCGACUUGGAGUCACCAUUCUCGGAGAGGAUGUGGCAGUGGGCAAGGAGGCAGUGGUGGUGAACUGCAUUGUGCUGCCUCACAAGUCCCUCAACACAAGCGUGCAGGAGGAAAUCAUUCUGUAG